AUGUUGUUCCUUCGCACUGCUUACGUCGUGUUUGCUCUACUUGCUGGGACAUCUAUUGGUAGCCCUGCAGUUGCCUAUGAGGAUGCUGUAGCUGUGUCGUCAGUUUCCGCCAAAACCGACGCCCCAAAUGCCGUCGUCAAACCCGAGCGAUUGCAUGAUUGCAAACCAGAUCGCGUACCUUCGAUUCUGAAGGCUAUCGACGAUGCUAAGGAGAUGGCGGAGAAAGCAUUCCACUACUUGAAUGUCACACUUGGGGAGCACCCAGACCCGCACAACCCCGAGUUCCAUAGGUACACCACCUGGUUCGGGGAAUAUACUCCAGAGCGAUACUCUCGUGUUUAUACGGUGUUCAAAGCUAUCCGUCUCCACUACGACCUGAGUCUCUGGGACUAUUAUUGCAAUCCCGUCAUCGGUAAAUGCGGAAUCAUCGACCAGUUUACCACGUAUGCUUUCUGCGAUCCUAAAGGAUACAGCAAGGUAACAUUGUGCCUCCAAUUCUGGGGUCCAUCAACAACUGAUGUUGAGCGCGCCUCCACCCUUAUCCACGAAGCAUCUCAUUUUGACAACAAAGUGUGGGGAGGCGCUGACAUGGAUCGACUACUCCUCGAAAUAAAGGGAAACAACAAUGAAGACCCAUGGAAAAAGGAACACUACGGCACAAAGGCCUGCCUUGACCUAGCCGCCAAGGACGCAGAUUAUGCAGUUCACAAUGCCGACAACUAUAGCUACUUCGUUGAAUACCCUAACGGCUGCCCUCACCCAAAGGAAGGGAAAUGCACCAUAUCGUAA